CGGGCGGUCUGCAGUGAGCGUUUGCCGAUAGCGACGGUAUACGUCGUCCACGCACGGCGUAUCGUCAACGCACAGCGCCGACUCCAAACAAACGCCGCUCACGGGCGGAGAACGGCACGACAGACGCGCAUCGCAGAGACGCGGCUACGUCGGCGGUCGCCCCCGCUGCUCAGACCAGGAGCCAAUCCUAAGGAAUGGAACACCAUCCUUCUGCAAGGAACUGGAACAUAUGGCCUUGAAGCGGUUAUUCAUACAACGUCCCCCAAAACCAAAGAUGCCAGGGUACUUAUUCUCAUGAACGGGUUCUACGCCAAUCGACUGGUAGAUAUAUGUAAAAUCGCUGGGAUCGCGCAUGAUGUGCUCAACUUUGGUGAGGCAAAGCCUUAUGACCUUACAAAGAUAGAGAAGUACCUCAGCGACCACAAAUACACUCUAGUGGUGGGGGUGCACUGUGAGACCAGCAAUGGCAUUCUGAACCCUUUGGAAGCGGUGGCUGAGCUGGUGCGUUCCAGGCAGCCGUCUGCUGCUGUGUUGGUUGAUGCUAUGAGUAGCUUCUCUGCCAUUCCGCUUUCCUUUGACAAAAUCGACUUCCUUGUGGCUACUCCGAAUAAAGUUGUGCAAGGUGUCCCUGGCUUCGCCUUCAUUCUAGCGCGGUCCAAGCGGCUACAGGAGUACAAAGGGAAUGCACGUACUCUGUGUCUGGACUUGGUGAAACAGAACGAGGAUUUGCAAGCAUAUGGCCAAUUUCGAUUCACCCCACCUUCACAUGUUCUACAAGCAGCUCAACAGGCUCUCAAAGAGUAUGAGGCAGAAGGGGGCCCCAGCAUACGUUGCAAACGCUAUCAGAGCAAUGCAACUACUCUCUGGGCUGGUGCACGCCGCCUUGGUUUGAAGACACUACUACCUCAAGAGCAACUCAGUCCAAUUGUAACAUCCUACUUAUAUCCUAAGCAUGCCAAGUUUCAAUUGGAGGAGUUUUGUCGUAGACUUGAAGUCAAGGGUUUCAUUCUUUUCCCUGGAAAACUUACAAAUGUUGACAGCUUUCGAAUUGGAUGUUUGGGAGAUGUACAUCCCACAGAUGUGGAGAAAUUGCUUAAGGCCAUGGAAGAAGUAUUAAAAGAUAUGGGAGUACCCAUCCCAGUUCCAUAAAUUGCAAAAGGGGACCCUCCCCAUGACAAUGUCAAUUAUGAGUCAACAAUUAAGGAUCGAAUAAUUAUGAGUAUGAUAUAUAGGGACCAGAUUUAUAUGCACUAAUGAUCUGUUACAUAUACAUGCAUCUAUGCAGUGUAAAUUUCAAAAAUAUGCACUAAAAUAUGUCCGAUAAAAAAUAAAUCUUCAUUGCAU